UAACCGACGCGGAGAGAAGCUUCCUUCUUCAUCUGCUCUACUUUUCCUCUUCGUCAAUCUCUUUCUCCCUCGUUCGAUGGGAAGAUCUCCGUGCUGUGACAAGGCUAACGUCAAGCGGGGUCCGUGGUCUCCGGAGGAGGACGCCGCCCUUAAGAGUUACAUCGAGAAGAACGGCGCCGGAGGCAACUGGAUCACUUUGCCCCCAAAAGCAGGUCUCAAGCGAUGCGGCAAGAGCUGCCGGCUGAGAUGGCUCAACUACCUCCGCCCCGACAUCAAGCACGGCGGAUUCACGGAGGAGGAGGACAACGUCAUUUUCGCUCUCUACGAUCGAAUCGGAAGCAGGUGGUCUGCGAUUGCUUCCCACUUGGUGGGGCGAACGGACAACGAUGUGAAGAACCACUGGAACACCAAGCUCAAGAAGAAGCUGCUCAUGGCGAAGAACAACUCUAGCACUCUCUGUGCUCGAUCACCUGCCUCAUCCACUCCCAUCCUCGCUUCGCCCAUCAAAAACGAAGCUUUCGGCGCGGCGGACUUCAGCUUCGCCAACACUAUGCCUCUUCCACCCAGCCGCCCGUUUCCAUUCCCUGAGUUGAGCUUCGUCGAGCAGGUGCUGUCCCCGUCGGAGGAAGCCUCGGCGGCUUCGUCGUCCGAUGAGCUUCUCCUCUCGGCGCUCGGGUUAGGAGACGCCGGCGACUUUUUCCUCGGCGGCUAUGCCUAUGGUUACCAGGAAAGCGUUCCGAUUCCAGGGCCAGGAGCACUGCACCAGGGCCUCACUUACUCGUAAUUAACAAAGCCAUGAGAGCGAACACGACAGAACCCACUGACAAUAGAGUAGAAAACUAGCAGUUGCUGUGAUUACUAGUGCUGUGAUUACUAGUGUCUUUAAUUGCUGUUCUAAUCCCCCUGUUCUCCAUCACCAGUUACUCCAAACUUGAAUCAAAAAUCUGUGUUUUGUGCAA